CAGGAAGGUUCUAGUAGGCUGUUGCUAUGCUACAGCAAAUGGGUUCUUUAGCUGCUCUCAUGGUUCUUAGACUCUCUUUAAGUGUCGGUUUAUUUCUGAUGGACGGUGGCAGUUACGGCUACAGACACCUAUCAGGACCUGUUGAUGGCUGUUAUGGAGGAGUAAAUUCCACUUGUGGCAGUUCGUCAGGCCAGUAUAGAUAUGUCCCAGGGUACCAAAGUGAACAGCCCAGAGAACAGGGUGAAGAAGCUUCCCCGCAGAGUGAAGAAGCCCCAGAACUUCAUUCUGGUAUAGGCAUACAGCAGGCUUACUAUGACUCCUACAAGCCUGAUGACAGGUUUAUCAUUCCUCCCUACAAACGUAGCAGAGGCCAUGACAACAUCCCAAAACUCAACAAGACACCAGUCAAAAUGGCCUCCCAAACAAUCAUGGCCCCUAAUGCAGAUAGACCAUCAAAUGGCAACAUUAAGAACUGGGUGUUGAGAAAAUCACCCCCCUUUGUCCCUGAGCUGCCAGAAGUAGUCUCAAAUCAACAUCUUCCAGAGAUGAACAGACCCCCACAAUUAAACAGUGUCUCUCAAACAAGGUGGCAAAGGGUCAAGUUUGGCCAACCAAUUCCACAAUACAUUAAUAACCAGCGAGGUCAAAACAAAUUCCCCUUUGUACAUGAGCAACAAAAACACUCCAGCCACCAGAUGCUCCCAAAGAAGACCAACAGACCCAGUAUUCCUACGCUUGAAGACUCCAUAAAUGGUAACACACCAGGUGAUUUGGUAAGAGUUUUUGCAGAGGUUUCCUUUCCCCAGCCUACUGGUAAUCCACAAGGCCAGGAAGAAACAUUUUCUGCUGUCCCUGAGCAAACCGAACAAGUCUCCAGUAGCCUGAAGGUAAGCAAGAGACCAACACCAGUAAACGGUAUCCAACAUGACAGAUGGCAGUUGUUCAAGCCAAGCCAAACCAUUCCACAAUCUACUGGUUCCUAUGGCCUGGGAAUGAAAUUCCCCUCUGUCCCUCUGCAACCAGGACAAAUCUACAGAAGCCAAAAGCUCCCAGAAACGACCAAGAGACCAACAGUGGACUAUAUUCCGCAGGCCUGGUGGCUGAUUAAGCCAGGCCAAAACAUUCACCAAGUAACUGGUUCCCAUGGCCUGGGAAUGAAAUCCCCCUCUGUCCCUGAGCAACCAGAACAGAUCUCCAGAAGCCAAAAGCUCCCAGAAACGACCAAGAGACCUACACCAGAGGACCAUACUCAACAGGUCUGGUGGAAAUUGGUCAAGCCAGGCCAGACCAUUACCCAAACUACUGGAAAACAGCAAGGACAAGGGACAAAACAGGAACUGGUCCCAUGGAUCAAGCCCCAGAAAUGGGUCCACAACAUCAAACCACAAGACUUGGUCCAUGACAUUAAAAAGCCACAAAGUGAUGACACUGUGCGGAGUGUUAACCCACCAAUUGCCCCUACUUCAAUCCUACCUCUGCCUAGUAUUAUUCAGACCCAUAACCGUUAUGAACGAAGAAGAGUGGUCUUCUCACACACCCACUACUCUCCAAGAGACACCGCUCCGAUGGCUAAACCUCUGCCUAAACAGCCUCUCCUUACAUAAAAUGCAACAGUGACCGAUCCUUAGGUAAUAUUCUGUUCUAUAUCUGCCUGAAACCCUUAAAAAUAAAAUGUUUGCAAUCAA